AUGUUCUGGCUCUUUGCCCUGCCUCUCUUGAUCGCCGAUGUCCAGGUGGCUGGAGUCAACACAGGCCUGAAAGUUCAAGUGACCCAGAAAGGGCUGGAAUAUGGAGGGCAGUUUGUGGUAGAAUUGUUGAAGUCGGUGCUGAUGAAGGAAAAAAUCCAGGAUAUAAAUGGCUCCUACCAGGUGCCUCUUGUUGGGAAUGCACAGUAUUCUGUAUGGGGGCUCCACGUCAGCCAGAUCCAAGAGCACAACUCCACUGUCGGCUUCGCUGAGGGGACAGGUGUGAGUCUCGGCAUCCGGGAUGCCCAGGUCUUGCUCAAGGGCCACUGGAGGCUGACGACUUCCUUGGGAUCUGACAGCGGCACUGCAGACAUCCGCAUCCGGCAGUUAUUCCUUUCCACCGUGCUUGGGGUCGACAGGGGCAGCGGAGGACGGCUUCGGGUGUGGUGUGCCGGCUGCCAUUCUGCUAUUGGGGACCUCGACUUGACAUUCUAUGGGGGAAGCAGCUGGCUCUACAACCUCUUUGCUUCCUCGUUCAAGGGAUCCCUGCAGUCAGAAGUCAAUAAGCAGCUAUGUCCUGAGCUCAGAAAAGGAAUCGAUGAUCUUGCAAGAGUCCUGAGAACUGCGAACGUCUCGGCUAAGAUGGACUCCUUUGCAGAAAUGGACUACUCCGUGGUGAACAAGCCGGUGAUCAGUGCGGAUCAGUUCAAUAUGGACCUCAAGGGUCAGUUCUUCAGGGUGGGGCAGCCCCACACAAGCCCGCUUGUGCCUGCCCCCUUCCUCUUACCCGACCAGCCGGGCUCCAUGCUGCUGCUUGGGAUCUCUGAGUUCUUUGCCAAUUCCGCUGCCUUGGUCUACUUCACUUCAGGGGCACUCCGGGUGAACUACACGGACAAGACGAUUCCAAAAAGUAUCCCUUUCCGCCUGAACACCAAGAGUCUGGGGCUGUUCCUCCCAGAGCUGAAGCAGCAGUUCCCAGAUAUGGCCAUGGAGAUUCACAUCACCGCACGGAAGCAGCCGCUGCUGAAUUUCCACCCAGGGGGUGUGGAUGCAGCCGUCUUUGGAGCGGCUGAGGCCUUUGUUGUCUUGCCUAGCGCCAGGCUGGCCUCUGUGUUCCUGCUAAAUAUCGAUGCCAACCUCACGGGGCAAGUCCUCCUUGAACCAGUCAAGUCUGGGAAAUCAAUUGGCCGAGUUGGGGGCUCUGUGGCCCUGAAACGCUUCCGCCUCUCCCAGGAUCGGUCAAGCAUCGGAGAGAUCAAGGUCAAGUUUCUGGAGAAGGUGUUGUAUGUCGCUCUGCAGCUGGCCUCCUCCAGAGUCAACAAGCGUCUGAAGAAAGGGGUUGCCCUACCCAACAUCUAUAAUGCCACUUUGGUGAACCCCCAAGUCGCCAUGUAUCAGGGAUUCAUGCUAAUAGCAACGGAUCUGCACUAUCACCCACAAGUGGCUGCAUAG